AUGGACGCAGAAAAUACAAUUCUUGAAAAAGAUGACAAUGGUCCAGAGCCCGACGAACAAGAAUAUAUCAAUGGCCUCAACCUGGUGUUGAUCCUCGGCGCCUUGACACUGGUUUUUUUCCUUGUUAUGCUUGAUAAUACGAUCUUAGCAACUGCUAUUCCAUAUAUCACGGACGAGUUUAACUCCCUGCUAGAUAUAGGCUGGUAUGGCAGCGCCUAUCAACUCGCCUGCGCAGCUCUGUUACCGACCACAGGAAAGGUCUAUGCUCGCCUGAACUCAAAAUGGUUCUUCCUUGGGUGUCUGGUCUUGUUUGAAGUCGGUUCAGCCAUAUGCGGUGCAGCGCAAUCGUCGAAAAUGUUCAUUGUGGGGCGUGCAGUCGCCGGUAUGGGAGGAUCGGGGCUUCUCAACGGGGCAUUGAUCAUAGCCAACUCGUGCGUUCCUCCUCACAAACAGCCUGUCCUGCUUGGCAUCCUCAUGAGCCUCGGGCAGUUGGGCAUUGCGGCUGGUCCACUUCUUGGCGGUGCAUUCACGCAAUACGUGACCUGGCGCUGGUGCUUCUAUAUGAAUCUGCCUCUCGGAGCUGUUGUCCUCGGACUGGCCUUCAUACGUGUCCCGGACCAUCUAUCGAAACCAAGCUUCCGAGACGCGUUCCAGAACGCGGUCGAGGAAUUCGACCUCCUUGGUGUCGCUCUCUUUGCCCCAGCCGCGAUCAUGUUCUUCCUUGCACUCGAGUACAGUGGCAGCCAGUACUCGUGGGGAAGCCCUCAUAUGGUCGGACUCUUUGUCGGGGCGGGAGUGACCUUCCUCCUGUGGCUCGGUUGGAACUGGCGUGCUGGCGACAAAGGGAUGGCGCCUUUCUCGAUACUAACACAACGUAUUGUCUGGACCUCCACAAUCUGCGCCACGUUCCUGUCCGGCACCAUUUUUGUGACGGGAUACUACCUGCCGAUAUACUUCCAAGCAAUCCUCGCGCGGACUCCCUUUACCAGCGGCGUUGACGUUCUGGCCAACAUCCUUGCACAAAUGGCGCUUGGGGUGAUUGGUGGCGCCGGAAUCCAAGUUCUGGGCUAUUAUACCCCAUUUAUGGUAUCUGGCGCCAUGCUCAACAGUCUCGGGUGCGGGCUGCUUGGACUGCUUGCCGUGCACACCCCAACCGCCAGAUGGGUCGGGUAUCAAAUCAUCUUCGGGGCCGGCCGUGGCCUUGCCAGUGCAGUGCCAAUCAUCGCAAUCCAGAGCAGCCUGCCAAAAGAUCAAAUCCCAGAAGCAAUGUCCAUCUUGACGUUUUUGCAAAACCUGAGUGCCGCAAUCAUGAUUACGGUGUCACAAACCAUCUUCACAAAUGGCCUUGUGCGGCUGAUCCCUCGGUAUACUCCCGCUGUCAGCGCCUCAACGGUGAUAGACAUCGGAUCGACGAGAUUCAGGUCCGUGGUACCUGCAGAAUCACUCGGCGGUGUUCUUCAGGCUUAUGCGGAGAGCCUGCAACGGGUCUGGUACUUCUCUGGGGCCAUCGCCGUUCCAUCCUUUGUGUUUGCAUUGUUCAUGGGCUGGCAGGACAUCAGGAAAAAGCCAAAGGAAAUCUCUCAAAGGGCCAGCUCAUGA